UUUUGCAAGCGGUUUGAAACUCUCCUUUUCAGCGCCGCUCCUCAUUUCUGGCUGAGGAAAACAAGCAGGCAGCACAAGGAUGAAGGUCUACAUGUUUCUUGUGGUGAGCUGGUCAGUGGCAUCUGUGCUCUCCAUAUAUCCGGUUGGACUAGAUGACAUUAGUAAAGCAAAGGAUUUUACUGAAGUCAACAAGGAUUUCUGUCACAAUCCUGUUUUAAAGCCACGGAGAACAAAAAGGAGCACCGUUGUUGCUCAGGACCUGCUCUGGAAAUCUCCAGUGCCAUAUGUGUUUCAUGAAGACCUCGAGCUGAACGCUAAAGGGGUCAUCUUGAGGGCCUUUGACUAUUUUAGGGUGAAGUCUUGCAUUGACUUCAUACCAAGAGUGGCUGAGGAUCAUUACAUCCAUGUCAAGAAAUUAAAUGGGUGUUUUUCAGAAGUUGGAAAACAAGAAACUAUUGGACAGGAUCUCUCCAUUGGAAGAGACUGUGAUUACGUGUUUACGGUUGAGCACGAGUUUCUUCACGCUCUCGGCUUCUUCCAUGAACAGUCCAGAUAUGACAGAGACAAAUAUGUAACUAUUAUAAGUGAAAAUAUCAAAAAAGGUCAAGAGAAGGAGUUUGUCAACAUGAGCCGUGAAGAGAGCACCACCCAUGGAGUUCCAUACGACUACUGGUCAGUGAUGCAUUAUGGUAAAAAUGCAGGGAGCACUGGAGCAGGCCCUACGAUUAUUACCAAAGAUCCCAAAUUCCAGGAUGUGAUCGGUCAGACACUGGGAAUGAGUCCUUCCGAUGUUCUGGAACUGAACCUCCUUUACAAAUGCAACUCAACUGUUGCGUUUAAGAUGUACUGUGGAUUUUCCAAUGGUACCAUGUGUGAAAUGAGCAGCUGCUCACAGAGAAGCCAGGGUUGGGAAGUAGUAAGACAAGUUCCUGGAGGUCCGCAAUCUGAUCACACCAGUCUACCCACUGGAAAUGACGUUCAUGGCCAAGAAGGAGGAUACUUCAUGUUUGCAAGCACAGCAUCAGGCCAGGAGGGAGACUCGGCACGCCUGGAGACCCAGACUAUGGAUCUAAAAAGGCCGUGUCCUGUGCAGUGCCUGCAGUUCUACUAUUAUCACAGUGGGAGCGAGAGUGAUGACCUCAACAUUUGGAUCAGAGAGUUUCAGAAUAAGCAAGAUACCACAGGAAACCUUCAACUCAUGGGGCAAAUCACCGGUCCACCAACAUCCCAUUGGAGGCUCCAUCAUGUUUCUCUGAAUGCCACAAAGAACUUCCAAGUGGUGUUUGAGGCUCGGAAAGGAGCAGGAAGCUCUUCAGGCGGCUUCUCAAUAGAUGACAUCAAUCUCUCUGAGACCGAGUGUCCUCAUGUGACCCUGCAGAUUGAUGAUUUUGAGCAGCGCCUUAAGACCAGUGACAGAGAAUCCAUUGUGUACAGUCCACAACAGUACUCUGCAGAAGGCUACGCUUUUCGAAGCGCUGUUUUACUCAACCAAACGGUUGUUGGACUGUAUGUCCAACUCUUGUCUGGUGACAAUGAUGACCAGCUGAGGUGGCCUUGUCUCAAUAAACAAAUAACUUUGCAAAUGCUGGAUCAGACUCCCAACAUUCAGCUGGAAAUGUCAAAGCAAAGAAGUAUCACAACCACUCAGAAUCAGACAACUUCUGAUGGGACCCCUUACUGGACGAACCCUAGAGAGACUGGAAGACUCAAUAUAGAUGAGAAACAGGGAUUAAUCUAUGAGGGACCUCUUAUUGGGAUACACACAUUUGCAUCUUUGGAAGAAAUGAAAUUCAGAGAUUUCCUUAAAGGAGGGAGUGCCAUUUUCAUCUUCAACUUUCAAGAUCUUACUCCUUUACUAACUGGAAGUACUUUACCAUGUCCCGAAGUCAAACCAGUGAAGGUGACGCAUCCAGCGACACGUCAGGAUGAAGGUUCAUCAUGUCACUCACGGUCAACUAACACCAGUACUAUACCUCCUCAAGCAAACUACUAUGAAAGCGUCUUCAACUUCUCUCCUGCAAUGGUGGCUUCUCCUAUCCUCUCCCUCUUCCUAGUCCUGAAGCCUUUAUAAGCUUCUACCAUCUGAAUGUGACUUCUUUAUGUGAAAGCACAUUUGCUAAAUUGUUUUCAGAUUUGUGUUGCUUGUGUUUAUCUAAUACAGUAUUAUAUCGAAUACUGAUGAAAAAGAUUAAUACCGUGUAGGUAUUCACUUUGUGAUGAAAAAACCUUGGAGAUGUGUUUUUAAUUUUAAUAAUCAUGUUGGUGAAAAUGAUUUGUUACUCUAUUGUAUCCUCCUUUUUUCUAUUGAUCAUGUCUAAAUAAACUACUCAAAACAUGA